CUACAAUUUUAUUGAGAAAUUGGAAGGGAUUCAUGUAAUGAAGAAAUUGAAGAUUCUCUACAUGUCUAAUAACCUGGUGAAAGACUGGGCUGAAUUUGUGAAGCUGGCAGAUCAGCCGUGCCUGGAAGACCUGGUGUUUGUAGGCAAUCCCUUGGAAGAGAAACAUUUUGCUGAGAACAACUGGAUUGAAGAGGCAACCAAGAGAGUGCCCAAACUGAAAAAGCUGGAUGGUACUCCAGUAAUUAAAGAGGAUGAGGAAGAAGAAAACUAAUUCUACAUUUUCCACUUUGUGUUAACUUGUUUAAAUGUCAUAAGAA